GAGAGAUAUUGCACCUCCGCCGCCAUGUAGAAGCUCAAAGGUAGCUACCUAUCAGCUGUAGCUUGGACUCUUACAUAUACUCUUUAUCUUUUAUUCUGUUCAAACGUCGACGCGUCGGUGGCUUUGAAGCUUGAUACCUCCCUUCUCCCCGCAUUUCAUCCUCACAGCCGCCCGUCAUGUCAGCUAUCAGUACCCCCAUAAUCCCCUUCUCAGAGCCUCCCUACCUUGCUGGUCUACCUUCCCCAUACUACAGCGAGAGCCAUCUGAAGUGGCAGAAAGCCUGCCGCGCCUUCAUCCAGGAGAACCUGAUCGACCAGGCGCUGGAAUGGGACACCAACGAGACGCUCCCCGAGAGCGUGUUCAAGAACUUCGCAAAAGCUGGAAUGCUGAUUCCAUCUCUCCCUGCGCCGCUGCCAGUAGAAUGGCUGAAGAGACUGGGCAUCCGUGACUUCCUAGGCGUGUUGAAGGUUGAGGACUUCGAUUACAUCCACACCAUGAUCUAUUGCGACGAGAUGGCCCGCUCCGGCCUCGCGGGCCCCUCGGGCUCCCUCACAACCGGCAUCUCCUUCGGCGUCCCCCCCAUCCUCAAAUUCGGCAACGCACAACUCCAAGAGCGCUUCCUCCCCGACCUCCUCACCGCGAAAAAGCGCACCUGCAUCGCCAUCACCGAGCCUGGCGCCGGCAGCGACGUCGCGAACAUCUCCACCACCGCUGUCAAGACCCCCGACGGGAAGCACUACAUCAUCAACGGCACCAAGAAGUGGAUCACCAACGGCAUCUGGUCCGAGUACUCGUCCAUGGCCGUGCGCACCGGCGGGCCCGGGCCCACGGGGCUGAGCAUGGUCGUCGUCCCGCUGCUCGGCUACCCGGGGGUUAACAUGCGGCGGCUGAAGGUGGGCGGGCAGGUCAGCGCGGGGACGACGUUCAUCGAGCUCGACGACGUAAAGGUUCCGGUGGAGAAUCUGAUCGGCGAGGAGGGCAUGGGGAUGAAGUACAUCAUGACGAACUUCAACCACGAGCGCCUGACGAUUGCGAUUGGCGCGACGCGGCAGUCGAGGGUGGCGCUGGCCAGCGCGAUGGAGUAUGUGAUGAAGCGGGAGGCGUUUGGGAAGGCGCUGAUUGAGCAGCCGGUUGUUAGGCAUCGGCUGGCGAAGUGUGGUGCUAUGCUUGAGAGCCAGUGGGCGUGGGUCGAGCAGUUUGUGUAUCAGAUGACGAAGCUGCCGAAGGCGACGGCGGAUGUGGAGUUGGGGGGUUUGACGGCGCUGGUGAAGGCUCAGGGGGGGAUUGUGCUAGAUGAGUGCGCGAGGUGCGCGGUGCUGUUGUUUGGUGGCAAUGGGUAUACGAAGAGUGGGCAGGGAGAGCUUGUUGAGAGAAUAUACCGCGAGGUGCCUGGUAUGCGGAUACCCGGUGGAUCUGAGGAUGUCAUGCUUGAUUUAGCUGUGCGACAGCUCAUCAAGAACUUCAAGAACAAGACCAAGGCGAUGGAGAUCCCCAAGGGAUCGUCGAAGCUAUAGUCCUGAAGUCUCGUUGUCCAAGAUUUAGGAGACGUGCAAGUUCGCCGAUCUCCUAGGAACAGCUGUCCAUGGUAAACUGGCAGAUCCUUUAGUGUGAAUCGCAUAGCCAGUUCUGUAGUAUAUAUUCGUUAAAAUCCCCCUAUAUCCCACAGUGUUAGCAGUACAUAACAAUCACAUAUCAGAUCAUUUCACCAGCCACCCAGC